AUGAAUUUCCAAAGAUUUGUUGCAUGGGAAAAUCUACCAUCCUUGACUCCAAAAUCUGAUGACUUUGAUUCUUCAUCAUUGAAUUCAGAAAGUGUGAGUGAAUAUGAAUCAGGAGGUCUUACUGUGCCCAAAGUUGCAACCACCAAAAAAGAAACCAUGCCUAACGAAGUUGAAAUUCCUAUUUCUGUAAGGCGUGUUUUGGAUAAAAUUGAUGUGGCACAACUGGAACGAGCCAAGAAGGAGAUUUCUAAAAAACUCUUCCGUAUUCUGGAGAAUGUGAAUCGAGUUUAUGAGCGCUAUAAAAAAGAUGAUGCCAUCGAUCCCAAAAUAGAAAAGGAAUAUAACACCUUAUUAACAUGGGAGGAGAAAAACCGUCGAUCACACUUCCUAGAUGAAAUUGAUAGUGUGCUAAAUCAAAACACGGACAAAUUACUGGAAUUACACCUAGCACUGGAAUCAUUUAAAGAAUGCAGUGGAAUGCUGAAAAACGUUGAAUUAGAAGAAGAACUAAUUCCCAGUGAAGAAAUGGUUCAGAAAAUGGAGGUGGAUCUCUUGAAACUUAUUGAAAGAAUUGAAGAGAACGUUCUACAUUUGAUCAAACUAUUCCAGCCACUCUUUGCAGAGAAAUUGAAGGCACCACGGAAACCAGGUCAAAAAUAUACCCUUCUGUUUAAAGUAUGGCGAGAUAAAGUGGCAGAUACGCCUCAGGAAGGUGAGCCUUUAACACCCGAACAGAUGUUGGAUGAUGAAGCUCUUGCUUUUUCUCGUUGUCAUGAUGUUAACAACAUGAUACACGAACUAGGAGAAUCUCAAUUUUUCAACAAAGCGGAAAUAGUUGCCCUCAAGUACACUGCAACCAUGGUAGGAAACCUUAUAAAGGCUUUCAGCCUUCUAGUUAAACAAUGCCGCAACCUAAAACUCAAGUGCGACAGUCUAACUCUUUUGGAAGGCAGGAAGCAAGAUCCUCAGGUUUUAGUCCUACAGAGAGAACUGAGAAUGGCCAUGGAGAGAAAGACAGCAUUGGAGAAGCAAGUCCAAAGUGCUGAAGAAAGGUGCAUGGCACUCCUGGUCACAAAUGAAAUGAUUCAAAAAGAAUUGCAAGAUGCGAAUGAGAAAGCAUCGAUGGCAGAUAAGAUCCCCCUUUCCAAGGUUACUGCAGGUAAAACUCAGAGUAAAGCAUCUAUUCUUGAAAAAGAUGUAAAGAGCAAACCUGCUGAGAAACCAAAACUCCCGACAGAACCUAAAAAGAAGCUACCUAGAAAAGUUGAAGAAACCAUGGAUGAAAGAUGGGACUCUCAAGGAGAGGAUUCACAAAUAUCCCUACUAUCUAUUUAUGGGAGAGACCGAACUCCAACUGGAAGCUUUCUGGAUAUAAAAAUGAAACAGAGGAAAACAGUUUCUGACAAGGGGAAAAUAAAGCAACCACCGAAGGCUACAGACGAAAAAGGUCCACCGAUGCAUGGAACAGUCACUGAAAGAUCACCCGCGUUACUUGAUCAAAUGCUCACUAGUCACAAAACUUUGGACACAGAAUCUGAUAAAAUGGUUCCUAAAUCCAGUGAUGAAAAGCCUGUUGAGACAAGUCCAUCUACAAUGGAAUAUUCAUCAUUAACUGAACCAACUGCAGAAGACGUUUCAGGCCUCCAAAAAGAUAGAAAAGGAGCUAGGCGCAGGUUAUCAAUGAAAGGUACUGUAGAUAAAGUUCUAUUGAACGUAAAAACAAAAAAGAUAGUAAAAUUCCCACCCACCAAGGAUACACCUACCGUGGACAUGCCUAGCGAGGACAUAACUCCCCUAUUCACAACUGUCCAGGAAAUACCUGAAGGUGAAUCAACUCAAAUGCCAACGAUGACUUCAGAAACCAAGACGGAACCAGAGACUCUAGAUAAAACCUUGACGCAAACAGUUGCAGCAGAGAAAAGUGAGGAAGCCCUGAAACAAUUACAAGAGAAAUCAAAAGAGAUCCGAGAAAAGAAAGAAACGAAGCGGUGGAGUAAAUUAUUACAAGUCCCAAAGCAGGCAGCGAAGUCUGAAGGAGUGAGACAUGGUUUAGAUGCAAAGUUGCAAGAGACUGCCAGGGACAUACCUACCCAGGAAAUACCUUCCUUGGAAACCCCUAUCCAGGAAACUCCGACCCAGGAUAAACUUCCUGUGGACACCCCUACCCAGGACUCCCCUACCCAGGUUAUACUGACUCUGGACACCCCUUCCCAAGACACUCCUACCCAGGUUAUACUUCCCUUGGACACCCCUCCACAGGACAUCCCUCCACAGGACACCCCACAGGAGAUAACUAGAGUUGAAUUGACUCAUACGCCAACAACAGCUUCAGAAACCAAGGAGGAGCCGGUGUCUCAAGAUAAAGACCUGACACAAACGGCUGCAGCAAAACAAACCGAAGAAGCCCCAAAACAAUUACCAGAGAAAUCAAAAGAGAUCCGAGAAAAGAAAGAAACGAAGCGGUGGGGUAAAUUAUUACAAGUCCAAAAGCAGGCAGAGAAGUCUGAAGGAGUAAGACAUGGUGGAGAUGCGAAGUUGCAAGAGACUGCCAGGGACAUGCCUACCCCAAGCAUUCCUACCCCGGACACCCCUACCCAGGACAUUUCUGGAGGUGAACUGACUCAAAAGCCACCAACAACUUCAGAAACGAAGGAGGAGUCAGAAUCCCAACACAAAAACCUGACACAAACAGCUAUAAUAGAACAAGCUGAGGAAGCCCCCAAACAAUUACCCGAGAAAUCAAAAGAUAUCCGAGAAAAGAAGGAAACGAAGCGAUGGAGUAAAGUGCUACCCUCAAAAAAGGCAGAGAAGUCUGAAGGAGUAAGACAUGGUGCAGAUGCGAAGUUGCAAGAGACUGCCAGGGACAUACCUACCCCAAGCAUUCCUACCCCGGACACCCCUACCCAGGACAUUUCUGGAGGUGAACUGACUCAAAAGCCAACAACAACUUCAGAGACCAAAGAGGAGCCAGAAUUCCAAGAUAAAGACCUGGUACAAACAGUUAUAGCAGAAGAAAUUGAGGAAGCCCCAAAACAAUUACCAGAGAAAUCAAAAGAUAUCCGAGAAAAGAAGGAAACGAAGCGAUGGAAGAUACCCAUCAUGGUCCCGCCUCCAGGGGAGAUACCCACUAUGGUCCCAUCUCCCCUGGAAAUAUCCACCGUGGUCUCACCGCCCCUGGGGAUACCCAGUCUGGUCCCGCCUCCCCUGGAAAUACCCAGUCUGGUCCCGCCUCCUCUGGAUAUAUCUCCCCUGGUUCUUCCUCUCCAGGACAUACCCACCUUGGUCUCACCACCCUUGGAGAGUCCUACCCUGCUCCCGCCUCCACCUCCUCAGGACAUACUCCCUCUGGUCCCACCUCCCCAAGAAAUACCCACCCUAGUCUCACCUCCCCAAGACAUAUCCCCCCUGGUCCUGCCUCCACCUCCGAAGGAGAUAUCCCCCCUGGUCCAGCCUCCCCAGGUCAUACCCAGCCUGGUCCCGACUCCUCUGGAGAGAUCUACCCUGGCCCUGCCUCCAUCUCCGCAGGAGAUACCCACCCUGAUCCCAUCUCCCCAGGUCAUACCCACCCUAGUCCCGCCUCCCCCAGACAUGCCCAUCCUGGUUCCACCUCCUGAGGACAUGCCUAUCUUGAUCCUGCCUCCCAAGAAGGUACCCAUUCUGGUCCCACCUCCCCAGGACAAAGAAUUGUUCACUCCACAGGAUAUACCUAAAGGGCAAGAGAAGGAAGAAGACCUGGCCAAGGCUUUACCUCUCACAAAAGAGGAGCAAUCUCUGAAACAUGUGCCUGAUGAAGGUGAUCGGUGGGUCAAGGAACUGAAGCAGGAAGAUGAAGAACAAGAAAAGAGCAAAAUAAGCAUACCAAUUUCUGAGGAGCAACCAAAGACUGUCGACAAAGGAAAAGAGCCAUCCCCAAAAGUGAGCCAUUCAAAACUGAAGAGCUUACAGGAGUUAAAUAUGACGAGGGAACUUUGGUACCAGCAAGUUCAGAAGGAACUACUGACAGAGAAGGAACGCAUGCAAGAAGAGCAGUUACGGAUACAGGGGGAAUGUCAGCAAAUAGAAAAGGCCAAGGAGAAUCUGGUACAAUGGCAGGGGUUGUUUCAGAAAAAGCAGGAAGAGUGGAAGCAGAAGGAGGAGCAACACAAGGAGCAGGAGCAUCUCUGGCAGCGGCAGCUUGAGCAGUGGCGGCGCCUGCAGCAGCAGAACAAUCAUUAUCAGCAGUACUGGGCUGAGCAGCGAGAGAAGCAGAAGGAGCAGCAAUGCAGAUUGCAGGAAGAGGUCAGGCAAUUGCAACAACAGUACAAACAGCAUGUGAUCCUCCAAGGAGAGCAGGCCAAAGAGCAGUGGUGCUGGAACCGGUUGAAGGAAGAGCACAGAAAGCAGCAGGAGAUCUGGCAAGAGGAGGAUAAGGAGUAUGAGAGUAAGAGAAGGCAGUGGCAGCAACAACAGGCAAAGCAUGAGGGACAGAUGGAGGCCCUGAGGCAAGCCCAUCUGCAGCAGGAAGAGCAGUAUAAACAGUGGCAAAAAGAGCAGCAGAGGAAGCAACAAGAGCUCGAACACGCUUGGGAGAAGCGCUGUCAGCAGCAACUGCAAAACUGGCAGCAGAAGAUGCAAAAGCAGCAAGAGCAAGAGAGCAGAGAUCAGGAGCAGAAGAGCAAGGUGCCGGAGAAGCAGAGACAGAAGGAACCUAAGCCCUUGAGUGCCAAAUUGAAAGUGGUGGAAACCUCUGUUUUGGAUAUAUAUGUUAAGCCAUGUAAAAUGCCCCCCGUUUCUAAGGAGAAAAUAAUUUCGACCACUCCUCGGACUCCUUCCCCUAGUAUUGCAUUAAAGGAAGAUUCCUCUGAAUUAGAAACUACAUGGUUCCCUAAAAUGUUCACCAAAAUAGAAGAGCUUCCUUCGUAUGGCAUCGCAGAGAAGCGCUACUGGAUCAAUGUGGACGCACAGAGGAAAAACCUGAAGCUGUUGCGGGAAGCUUCUCAGAGGGCUGGUAUUUCACCAGAUCUAUACAAUGAUACUAAAGAAACUAUCAAGCAAGCACUACACAGCAACGUGGAGAGGCUAGCUAUGCUCAUUUGCAAAUACAAGUCUUUGUACAACCUCCACGAAGUCAGACAGAGUUUAAUUCUUCAGUUAGACACUGCCAGAGAAGCAAACGAUGGUGCCAGAAUGCAGAAUUUGUACAAGAUGGUGGACAAGGUGGAUGCUUAUCAGAAGAAGCUUCUGGACAACUGGAAAGUUAGGCAGAAUGUUGUAGAGAAGCAGCGCCAGCACUGCCUUACACAAAUGGUUGAUUUGUUUGCCCAGGUCCAUUCGAGUGCCCAACUCCACCUCAGCAAUCCAUGCCUAUUGAUAGUUAAAGCAGAAGAUAGCACAAAGGAGACCUUCCACAUGCCUCAGAUUGGACCUGCCUUCUUGAAGUCUAAGGUUUACAAAAGCCCCCUGAUUAGGGUGAAGAAAUCCCAAGAUUUCACAGUAACAGCUAUGGUCAGAAGAAAGCCAAGCAGCGAGCAAAUAGAAUCACUGUGGAAGACUGAUAUCACAGAACUGAGUUUUCCCCUUGGACCCAAAGCACCUGUGUCUGUUCUGUGGCCAGAGACUUCUGGCUUUCCAGAUAUUCCUAGAUUUUUGGAAUUAGACAUUUCCUCUGUGAGGGGGAAGCCUCUUCAAUUUAUGGAGACUCGGAUUCAGAAUAUUCCCAGAUGGAAAAUAUCUGGAUAUAAUUUUAAGCAUUUGUAA